UUAUUAAUACCUAUUAUUAAAAAUGAGUAAAAACAUUGAAAAUAAGGAAAUGAAGACAUCUGGUUUACGACCACCAACAAAAAUCCCUACAAUGGGAGUGUCAAGGUUACCUAGCUCAUCUUCUAUCAAUCUUGGUGAGUCAAUUUUUCAUAGUUUAUUUUAAGUUGUCAUGAUUCUAAAAAUUGUUAUGAAUAAUAAACUAUAACUUUUGAUCUUGUUUAAAAAUUAAAGUGCUAUAAUAUUAAGCUGAAAUUGGUUUAUUACAGAGAUGUCAGACGUCAGUUUUUGCUACUGUAUUUGUAUAUAUCAAUAUAAUACAGCUUUUAUUAUUAUUUAAUGAUAUGUUGAAAUGUAUAGUAAAAUGAUAAAUUGAGUUCGGAUGUACAAAUAAAUAUUAAAUACAUGUCAAUAUCUUGGGAAGGGGGCCACUCCUGCAACACCUUCACAAAUGAAAAAAGUUUGUAGGCGACCACUGCAGUGCACCUGUACUUACAAGGUUAUGGUCAUCAUUUGUUGUUGUUCUUUAGUCGAGUGUUGUUUGUAAAUAAUCAAAUAGUUCAAUUAAGUGUACAGUAUCGAUAUAUUAGAAGAGAUGCCCAAUCCUGUAAUCGAAGAAACUAUUGUACCAAGACAUUUGGAUUUAUUCUGCCGAGUAGAUGGUAGAACUACUGUUUAUUAUUUUUAUUUACUUUCACAUAUAAAUAAUAUUUAUAUAUAUAUAUACAUUAUACAAUAUACACUUAUGUAUAUAUAACCUAUAUACAUAUGUGCUGCAUACACGGAAAGUAAAAUAAAUUUGUGCCAUACUAAUAAUCUAUUUACAGUAAAUACAUUUUUUAUAUUAAAAUUUUUGAUUUUUAUCUGGUCAUCUUAGUCAUUUUGAAAAUAUUUUACACAGUUUAAAUAAUAAAGUAUAAUACAUAUUUUUCUGUAUUAUAUUAUAUCUGAAUUUGAUUACAUAAUAUAUUUACCUGUAUAAACACAAGUAUUAAAUUUAACUAUUGUAUGUAAGGAUGGUCCAUUACUUUUUUUUUUCAAUUUGAUAACUUUAAAAUAUAUAUAUAUAUAUAUAUAUAUAUAUAUAUAUAUAUUGCUUAUUAAAUUCGGUAGUUUUUGUUUCUUACUUUGUAAAAUUCCUGGACCCCCUCUGAUAUAACCUAACUUUUAUGCUUACACGAUAGAAUUUAGGAAAAGUUGUUAGAUCAGUACUUCAUUGUUUAUAUUUAUAAAUGUUAAAUAUAAUAAUAUAAUAUAUUUAAAUUAAAUAUAAUAUUUUUGAAUAAUGCAAACCUAUACAAAAUUGAAAAUAUUAUUACUUAAUAUUUUAGAAUAUAAAAUUAUCACUUUUCAAAAUGUAUGUUAAUUUUUAAUUCAUAAUAAGUUUGUAUUUAUUUUUAAAAUUAUAUACAUAGGGUUUUCCACAAGUUAUGUUAUGAUUAUCAAGUAGGUAUUUUAAAAAAAAUGUCUUUAAAUUAAAUGAAAAUUUAUCUAAUUUAAUAUUUAAUAAAAUCCUAAAUUAUUGCAUCCAUUAUAGUAAAAAAUUAAAUGGCCUAACAAAGUUAUAAAUAAUUAUUAUGUCUAUAUCCUGUUAUUUGAAAAUAAACUUGGAGAACAUAGAAUGUCUUCCCACACAAUAGGUGUGUAUACUAAUACGCCUACAUUUUUUUUAUUUGGUGGGUGAUUUUAAACUUAUGACCUACUUGUAUUAAUUUAAAUCUAAAUACUAAAUAAUCCGCUAUAGAAAAUAUUAUUGAACAGUUUUCUAUUUUAGGUAUUUUGUAUGUUGAAAACAUUUGUAUGUUUUUUUUAAAAAUUUAUUUUUAAUUUUACUAUAGGUAUUAUUUUUUUAUUGUUUAUAUCUAUAAGUAAUCAUAAUAAUUAAUUGACAUAUCAUUAUAGAUGGAGUAAACUCUACUGCGAUUAGACUAGACAGGGGUUCUACAACCAAGAAAUCUGCAACAGGUAAUAAUAAUAAUUUUUGAAGUGUUAUUUAUUAAAAAACUUAUUAUAUUUAUAUGUAUAUAUAUUAUGAAUUAAUAAGCAUGUUGUUAAAAUAAUAUUUAAUUUCUUUUUCUGGUUUUAAAAUAACUAUAAAUCUAAAAAUUAUUAUAUUAUUUUUGUAUGGUAUUCUAUAAAUACAGGAUGUCUCAAGAAGAUAUACCCAUUAUAAAAUCUCCAGGAAUAAAAAAAUAAUCAAAUUCUUUUUUGUUUUCAUAUUACUCGUAGGAAAAGGGACUACAAAUAUUUUCAUUUCAAUUAAUUUUAUAAUUUUUUAAAGACUGUUUUAUAGAGUUUAUUCUUCUGAAAAUUUUGAUUUAUCAAUUUUUUAUUUUCAUUAAAUUCGUGAUUUGCGUUAAGUUCAGAAAAAAAAACGAAAAUACUUCUAACAAUGGGUGGGCCACUGUUGUAAGUGAAAAUUUGGAAAGGAUAUAGAGGAGAAUUUAAUGUAGAUCUGUAAGCAACAAAUAUUUAUUGCUUUCGAAAAACGAUUCUGAGCAGAGUAUGAUUAUAUAUGUUUUAAAAUACUGUAAUAUUUACGAUUUUUGUCAAAAUUUGAUAUGAAAAUUUUUAUAAAAAAAAAAUACUACCUUAAACUCAUUUUUUCCUUGUUGACCACAAAGGACAACUUAUAAUGAACCUCCUGUUUAAUUUUCAAAUAUUUCAGUUUGUUUUAACAAUUUUUUCCUCAGCGCAUUUAUAGAAUAAAAAUUACGCAAAAUUUAAAUGUCUAUAAAUAGCUCAAAAAUGGUUCAAAUUUUUUUGAAAAUUUUACCACGUCUAGAAAAGGUAAGUAUAAGUUUUCUGUUCAAAUUUCAAGUUUCUAUGAAUAUGUGUAACCGAAUUCUAACAAAAAAACAAUAUUAAAAAUAAUAAACUCAUUAUUUUCGUACAUUUGCCCGUUUUUUUCCCCAGGUUUUUAUUAAUUAAUUGAAAACCGCUUGAAAAAUGAUCCCCCCAUAUCACAAUCUAGAUAAAAUUUCCUUUAAGAAAAGGUGCUAUACUUGAAAAUCAGUACACAGUAUACAAAUAAAAAGAAAAAAUAAUAAAACACAUUGUAAAACCAAUACAUUCCUCGUUUUACUCAGAAUCUAAAAGUGCAGUCAUUUAGCCAUAAUAGUAAUAAUAAUAAUCAAUUAGCGAUUACGAAUACAGCCUGUUGCAUAAUUAUAGGUACAUUUUUUUGAAUUUUAAUAAAUUAUUAAAAAUCAUGAAUUUAAUGAAAAUAAAAAGAUGUGAAAUGUCAAAAUUUUCGAAGAAUACACUAUAAAAUUACCAUCUUCAAAUUUGUCAAAAAUAAUAAUAAAAAAAAAAUUAUUUCGGUUUGUUUACCAAAACAUAAAAAUUUGAUUUGAAAAAGUACUUGUAGUCGUUAUACCCGCGAGUAAUACAGGGUGAUUUUUUUUUAUCAUGGACUAGUAAUUAUGUUAGAGGAUUUUAAGUAAAUUUCAUUUCUGUUUAUUAUAAUCAUAUGGAAUCGUAAGGAUUAAUUUUAAAGAAUUUUUAAUUUUUUACUCCUACUUUAUAUACCUUAAAUAAGUGAUAUUUUUUUUGAUUUUGAAAUAGGAACCUCCCUUUAUGAAUACAGAUUUUAAUAGAGAAUAUUUUUAUAGAAAUUUUGAUAUGCAUAAAUUCAAUAUGAGAUCUACCUUUUAAGAAUUAUAACAGUUUAAAGUUUAGACUAGAGGACUACGGAAGGGUAAUAAAUUGGGGGUUUUUAUUUGAAAAUCAAAAGUAUGUACUUGUUUUAGGUACAUGGAAUAGGGAUAAAAAAUGAAAAACAGUUUUAAAAUAAAGCUUAAACGAUUUUAUAAUGGUUAGAAAAAACAGAAAUCAAAUUCAUUUAAAAUCCUCUGAGUUGAUUUCUGGUUCAUGAAAAAAAAAGUCACUGUAUAAAAAAAAAACCAGAAUUUGAUUAUCUUCAUUACCCCAGAAGAUAUUAAAUUGGGUAUAUCUUUGUAGGACGUUCUAUAAUGUCUGCUAAUCAUAUUCUAUUUCAUUAAUCAUUACACAUUAUUAAUUAUUAUCAUUUUUUAGUUUUUAGUUCUGAUUUUUUUUAUACCUACCUAACCUAUUAAAUACUCUUUACCUCUAUUUUUUCUCUUUAUGGUGCUCUGAAUAUAGUAUGAAUAAGCAUGUUUCACUUAAAACAAUUUUUUUGGAGUAAAACUUAUACAUUUUGGAUUUUUAGUACUUGUACACAAAUUACUAAUAUACCUAAUAUUUGUACACUAUUGUUAAUGAUUUGCAUGUUGCUUUUUGUUUUCUGUUUGCAAUAUUAUAGAAAUGUCGUAUGUUAGCAAACCCAAUGGCUUUAAUAAAAAAACAACAGAUGAACGUAAAUCAUCAAGUAAGUUACUGCUUUUUUUUAUUUUUGUGUAUGGCUGUGUAGUUUAGAUAUUUUUUUAUUUUGCUUUUAUAUUAGGUAGUUCAGAUUCUUUCAUCGGUGAUGCUCGUAGACUUAGUGAAGCUGGUGUAAGACGUAGUUCAGGUUUGUUACAUAAUUUAUACUUUAAAUACAUAUUAUUUGUAUUGUUAGUUCACUCGUUUGAAUAUAAAUAUAUGAUAAAAUAGGUACAAGCAUGAACACUUGGAUUUAUUUGCAUAUGGAAAAUAAUUUUUAUACAUUUUUUAGGAAAUAGUGUUGUUCUCACUGAAGAUACAGACAAAUUUAUUAUCGGUAAUCGAAUUUGGGUUGGUGGAACUAAACCAGGACAUAUUGCCUAUAUAGGUGAAACAAAUUUUGGAAACGGAGAUUGGGCUGGUAUAGUUCUCGAUGAACCAAUUGGUAAUUUGCUGGAGUGUAAAUUUUAGUUUGUCGAGUUUUAUCACAGAUGUUUUUAGGUAAAAAUGAUGGGUCUGUGAGUGGAACGAGAUAUUUUCAAUGUGAACCUAAGAAAGGCAUAUUUGCUCGAUUGACUAAUCUUACUUCUGCUCCACUGACUCCUGUUGAUGAAGAUACUAUGAUUCAAAGUUCGUUUGCCACAACCAAACCAUUAGGAUUUUCAACUCCUAUGCCCAAACAUCAAGCUACUACUGUAAAAACAACUAAAACCACAGCAAGAAGUAAGUAUAUUAUGUAUUUAAUUUUUAAGUAAACUAGAAAUUGGGCCCACCUCUCACCUUAGAGGUUUAAUGCUAUAUUUAUGUUUUGGUACAUAUCAUUUUUCCCUUGGGUAGUGAUGAUAAAUCUAAAAAUGUUUGUAUGUACUAUAUUUGUAAAAGAGACUUUGAACAGAACCUUUGAAUAUAUACAGCGAUGUAGUUCUAAAUUUUUUAUAGUAUGUGUUUGAAAAAACGAAACAUAAUGUGGGAUUUACUCUCAAACCUCCCAUUAAGUAAUACAUUUUUAUCAAAUAACAGAGGAUUAUCUGUAAACAUGUUUCAAGUUAAAAUGUUUGACUAUAUGAAUUAAUGAAAAAACCAAGAAGUGAGUAUACACUCUACUUCACUAUUGUAUAUAUAAAUAUAUCAAUGGUGGAACUAUUUGAAAAUUGUUGAGAUAUUUUAGAUAAAUUUCUAAUUAUAUUUUUAUAUUAUAUUUUCAAUCUUAAAAUGUAAAUUAAAUAAUUUUAUACAGUACAAUUGUCAAUUUUGUCAAAACUAGUGAAAUUUUGAAAAAUUACCUCUUUUCUUCCUUUUAAAUAAUAUGUAUAAUGUUAAUUUUCUAAUCUCUGUAUAAAUCUACGUGAAAUGUUUGGUGGCUCGGUGCACCCAAUUUAUAACAAAUAUAUAAAUCUAAACAAAAACAUUUUACUAUUUUGCUAUGUAAUUUAUUAUGAAUUGUAGGCAUUAAUCAACAACCUACAUCCAAGAGUACCAGCGAUUUAAAAAUUGGUGAUCGUGUAAUUAUUAGCAGUGGACAAGGUUCUAAAUUAGGGGUUCUUAGGUAUCGUGGUGCAACCCAGUUUGCACAAGGAGAAUGGUGUGGUAUUGAAUUAGAUGAUCCUCUUGGAAAAAAUAAUGGAACUGUGGAAGGCAUUAAGUAAUGGAGUUCUCUAAUAUAAUUUGAUUAUAUAUUUUUCUAUUUGUAUUAUUUUAAAUUUAUUAAGAUAUUUUGAGUGUGAAGAUAAAUUUGGAUUAUUUGCUCCUGUUGCUAAAGUUUCUAAAUCACCAAUGUCAGCCAGUCGAAUGUCAACCAACUGUGCUAUUCAUAAGACUAAACGGUCACCAGAUUCAAUGAAUGGGUCUAUAUAUAGUGGUAUUACUUCAAAUACAAUGUCAUCAAUACCAACUCGGGUAAGACUUGGAGUUGCCUCUUUGGGUUACAAGGUAUUCUGCAUGAAAUUUAAUAAUUGCUUAUCUUAAAUAAUGUUACUAUGGUUAUUUUAUAUGAAUUGAAAAAAAAAACUAAUAUAUUAUUAUUUAUGUACCAUUAAUUAUAAUAUAGAUUAAUAGGUACAUGUACUUAGAAAAUAAAAAGAAUUGGUACUGCUGAUGGGUGUGUCACUGUUGUAGAGGUGGGUAGUUGAGAAGUUAGGAAACAUAAAAUGAUUUUAUUUAUAUUUGUAAUCAACAAUAAACCAUUGUUUACGAAAAACGAUUUUGAGCUAUGUUCGUUUAUAAAUGAUUUGAAAGUCUGUAAUAUGAUUUUCAUCAAAAUUUGGUCUUAAAACAAAUAUAAAAAAAAAAAAAAAUUAAUAUACUACAUUCUACUUUUGGAUUUUUGCCACUAAGUACAACCCUUAAUGAAUCUCGUGUUAAAUUUUCUAUCAUUUCUGGUUGGUCAAACAAUUAUGUUCGCAUAAUACCUUCCAAAUAAAAAUACAAAAAAACUCACUAAUAUAAAAUGCCUAUAAAUAGCUCAAAUGUUUAUAAAUGUUUUAUUACACUUAGAAAAGGUAAAUGUAAGUUAUCUGUCAAAAUGUCUUAGUCUUUACAAUUUUUUUUUUAAUGAAUUACAAAAAAAAAAACAAGAUUGAAAAUAAUAAAAUCAUUAUUUUCAUAAAUUUUUUCUUUUUUUUUGGUUUUGCCCAAUUAUUAACAUAAUAAAAAAAAUGAAAUCGGUAAUGUCCCAGUGUGAUAAUAUUUGUUUGUUUUCCCUAUAAUCUUUCUUCCGGUUUUUCCUAAUUAUUUUGUUAACAUUUAAAAAUGACUUCCCCAAUGCACCAACUAGAUCCAAAAUGAAGAAAAACAACAUACAAGUAAAAAAAUAGAUUGCUUGCUCCGCUACAAAGCUAAAAUCACAUUUAUAUUAUUUCAGGAAGAUAAUUUAAAAUUGAGUUUAAUUGUCAAUUUAUUCGGUAAAUAUCAUACAUCUUUAAAUUUAAUUUAUUUUACUAUAAUAUUUUUAAAUACAUUUUUUAUUGGAUUAAUUGUUGAGUAUUUUGAUUUAUCAUAUUUUACUUCAAACUGAUAGGGACUAUUGAUACAACAUAUUUGCUUCUUGUGCAUAAUAAUAUGUAUAUGUAUAUAUUUUUUUUGCUAAUUAAUAUUUAUAAUAAUCGCAAUCGCUAUGGCAUGAAUGAACAAAUGCUAAUAAAUUAUUUUAAUACUCAUGGUAAGUUUUAUAUUUUUAAAAUUUAAUUUGAAAUACAAUUAUUUAUCUUGAAUGUAAAUUAUAGUUAACAUAUUUGAAAAUUAUACUUAAUAUUAAAAUCAUAAUUUACUAGAAUAAUAUUAGGUAACAUUACUUAAGUUUUUAAUAUAGGUAAUUUAAAAGCUCUUAAAUUAUAUACAAUACUAUUAAAAAAUAUGGUGGAAGAUAAUUAAAUUUUAUUAAAAUAAAAAUAAUAUACUAUGGUGAUAGUGUAAUACAUAUUAAUAAAUCUAAUAUGUCUAGUUUAAAAUUUAUAAUUGAAAUAUAAUGCCGCAGUAACAAAUUUGUAUUUACAUUAAAUAAUUUAAAAAUAUAUUUUAUGUUUAUUUGUUGUUAAAAUUUCUAGUCAGAAGUGAGACUUGUGAAAAUCUAUCAUCCACAAUGGGAAUCUGGUUAUUAUUAAAUCGACAUCUUUUUGUUGUAUAAACUAAAAUUUAUAUUUGAUGAUUUGCAAUUAGCAUAUACAUAAUUUUAAUGUUUUUGUUUAUUAUUUUUAAACAUCAAGGUUUACAAUAUUAACAAAAGCACCACAAGACAAUCAUUAAAUUAAAUUAUUAAUACAUUUAAUCAUACUUUAUUGUUCCAAAUUUUUAUUCAAGUUUUCUAACUUUAUAUAUAAUUUUAUAGUUUUUUUAUUAUCAUAUUAUUUUGUUUCUGUUAUGUUUUAAUUUUAUUGCUUUAUAAUGUUUCUUUUUUCACUAAGUAAUGAAACACUUUUCAUUUGCAUAUUUAUCAUUUAUCCUACCUUAAAAUCCUUACUUUUGUAUUGUAUGGUAUGAUUUUGAUUUUUUUAAUAUGAUGUGUCUUCAUUUCAUAAACUUGGACUGAAUUUUGUUCUCAUUUAUCAGAUUUCAUAUCUUUGAAUUUUUGUCAUGUUUUAUUUUAUUUUUAUUUAUGCACUUUUUAAAUCUAAUUUAAUAGUUUCCUAGUUUAAACCUUUUAUUUUUGAUUAGCGUAAGGUACUAUUUAUUAAGAAUAAAUAGUAAUAAACAUAAUAUGUAUUUAAUGUUAUUUAUUACAUUGAUAAUAAUCAUCACUUUUAAUUAUUAAAAAUGUUCUUUAAAAAAAUAUAUAUACAUAUAUAUAACUAAACAACUCGGUACAAUAAUUAUAUGAAUUUUAUAAUAAAUCAUCUAUACAAAUGUAUAUAAUUAAUAUUACACAUAAUUUAAAUUAGAAAAUUAAGCAAAUAAACAAAACCAAAAUUGGUAUACCUACUAUAUGAAAUACAUCCAGUUAAAUUGUUGAAAAUGUACUUGUGUAAGAUGCUAUAAUGAUAAAUUCAUAUUACAUAAUGUAUACACUUGGUGUUUCUAUAGUAUGGAGUAUCUAUAGUAUUUAUAAUAAUACUGAAACAUAUUGUACUAAAUAUAAUUUAGUACUUAGUAGUGGUUGGUAUUUUAACUGUACAGUUAAUUUAAUGUAUAUUUGAAAAUAGGUAAGUAUGUAAUUGUAAAAGACUAUACAAAUGUAUAGUAUAUAUAUAUAUAUAUGAACAUUUAUUUAGCAAUUUUGAUUUGAAUAAAAUACAUUGUUAUUUAAUAAAGUGCUCAAAUACAUUUUAGAAUACUAUUAGUGAUGAAUAGUGUGUAUAAAAUAUAAUGAUAUACUGUUAUUUAAAUACAUUUUAAAUAAUAUAUUUUAUCAUAAUUUUGUAUAAAAAAAAUUAUUUUUGGUUUAUAUAAAGUAUUCCCUUUCCAAUUUAACAUUAUGGUUUGUGUUUUUUAAAUAAUUUAAUUUAAUUUCCUACUAAAAUAAUUAGAUAAAUAGUUCUAAAUUUGUUUAAAUAAUUAAUAUUUAUAGCAUAUAAAUAUAUAAAUACAAAAAUAUAUAUAUGUAUAAAUAAAAAAUAAAUAAAUGAAUAAAUGUGUCUCCUACAAUAUUAUGAUAAGUGUAUUAUACGACCGGUUUCAAAUUAAUAAUCUAUCAUUAGGUAUAUCACAGUCAAAAUGUAAACUGCGAUUGAAUAUAUAAAAUUAAAUGAAGGAAUACAUUAAAAAAACUUAUACAAAUCGGUUGUUUUACAUAGAAAUAAUUUAUUUUAAUAGAAGAGAUUAAAGAGCCUAAAUCUAUCUAGGCUCUCUUGGAGAGAUUAUUUAAAAUGGGUUAUUAUUAGAUAUAGAUAUGUUAAAAAAUAUAAAUUAUUUGGUUAUUUAUUUAUUAUCUAAAAAGUAUUGAUAUGAGGUAUUAUUUUUUAAAAUCAGUUUAUGCAUUUAAAAUAUUAUUAAAAUUAUUUUUUUUUGUUUCAUUGUAUACAUGUAAUUCUUUUAAAACUGAUUUAAUGUAAAUGUUAUUUUGAGUAUUUAAUAUCUCUAAGUCUGUAUUAAUAUCAAAGCUUAUAUUAUGGUUGUUUUCUAAAACAUGUUGAGCGAAAUUUGAAUUAGGGGCAGUCUUUUUAAAUUUAAUUUUAAAAAUGUUCUCUUUAUAUCUUAUUUUAAAAUUUAUUACAGUUACAUUUAAGUUUAUAUAUAUAUAUAUAUAUAUAUAUAUAUAUAUAUUUUAAUAAUUAUUUAUCUUAAAAACGAUUUUUAUAUUAUUUGUAUUUUAGUGAAUUUGUUAGACAUAUUAUUUUGAUAUUUCAUUCUACUAUAUUUUAACAUAAUUUGAUGAGUUGUGUAUUAUUUUUUCUUUAAUACGUUUAUGAAUUUUUUUAAUAGUAUUUAAACUGAAAUUAUUUCUAUGGGAUAUAUUAUAGAUAAUAUUGAACUCGUGAUGGUAAUUAUGUUUAUUUAAUGGAACAUGUUCAAGCCUAUAAAAUAUUGAAUUGGAAAAUUAUAUUUUUGGAGAAAAAGGGUGAUUAAAAUCAUAUAGUAUUAUAGCAUCAGUUUGUGUUGUUUUCCUGUAUAUACUAAAAUUAAAUUUAUUGUUUAUUAUGAAAACUGUAAAAUCUAAGAAUUUUAAUUUCCUUUUUUUUUUGGCGCAUUUAUUAAUUUAUUUACGAGUAUUAACCAUUUCAAUAUAUUUUUUUACAUUAUUAUUUUAUUAUAUAAUAUUUUACAAUGAUCAUUAAUUUACAACAGGAAAAUCAGUUAAUGUUUUCAGUUUUGUUGCUCUCAUAUUAUAUGUGAAAUAACGAGUGUUGCUUUUAUGUUGGGUUUUCUUAAAAUUCCAAAAACCGUUAAAACUAGAAUUUAAUAGUUAGAAUUCAGUAAAACUAGAUUUAGUUAAUUAAACUAUUUCAGUUUAAUAUUUAGCUUUUGAUAAAAUUAAGUUGUAAUUAGUUAAAUUGUGUUUUGUAUAAUUUGGUAAAAGAAGUUUUAAUUGGGGAAUUAUUAUUAAUUUUUGGGGUUUUAUAUGUCAAAGUUACCUUUUAAAUAUGUAGAAUGAGUUUUGAUAAAAAUUAAUUUAUAAAAAUUAUUAUUAUUUAUUUAUUUAUUGAUUUAUAUUUUUAUGUAUAGUUUACUAUGCAAUUACUAUUUUAUACAAUAAUAAAAUACUCAGUUAAAAAUUGCAACUUUGAGAUAUCAGCAAAUUUAUAUUGAACUGAUAAUAUCUGUGAGGAAAUAAAUUUAAUAUUUCCAUUCAGAUUGUUUUUACUAAUUUAUUAAUAUCAUACAAAAUGUGUGUUUAGUUGUGGAUAGGUUAGGAUAAUAAUGAUCAUGACAAAAAUGUUUUCUUAAAUAAUUGAUUGUUGGAAUUUAUUUAUGGUUUUUUACAGUAUUGUUUUUGAAAGGCUUUGUAGAGCUUACUUAAUGAAAAAAGUAUAUAGAUUUUAAAUGCUUAUUUAUCAUUUUUCAGAAUAUAAUUAAAAUAAAUAUGUAUUUUUUAAUCUUUUACUAUAAAUUUACUUGAAUGAUUUCUAAUUAUUCCUAAUUAUUGAUUGCAGCCAACCAAAGUAUCAGAUUUAGAUCGUUUAAAAUUGCAAUUAACUCAAAUGAAAAAUGAAAAUGAAUUACUUCGUUUACAAGUUACUAAAGCAGCAAAUCAAGCAGAUGUAGCUGAAAAAAGAUUAGAAGAAACAUUAAAAGUAAGUUUGUGUGUUUUUAUUUAUUGUAUCUUAAGCGCUGUAAAUAUUAUAUGCAAUGAUUUUUUUAUUAAGGCUCAUACAGACAGACCAUCCGAAUCUCAAUUUACCGAUACAAUAAUGCUACAAAUAGAUAAUAUGAAAAAGCAAAUAGAAGAAGAAAAAGAAAAGGUUCAAAAUUUGCAAUUUACUAAUGAAGAACAAAAUGUUGUUAAUAUUGAAUUACAAAAUAAAAAUACUGAGCUUUUAAUUAAAAUUAAAGAAUUAGAAUUUAAUUUAGAUAAAGAAAGAAAUAUAGCUAAGGAUGUGGAAAAAGAGACUAUGAAAAUGUUUGAAAAAGAAGAAGAAUUAUGUAGAGUUAAAGAAGAGUUAGAAUCUCUUAAAAAACUAAUAGACAAUGAUGCUAAUGAAUUGCAAAAAUCAGUGUCCAAUUUAAGUUCAGAAGUUGUUGAUAAAGAAACUAUUUUAAAUACAUUACGUCAAACAUUAAAUGAAAAUUCUCAACUGCACGACCGAUUACUUAAAGAAGCUAAUGAGAAGUUAUUUGUAACCACAGAGCGAUUGAACAAAAUUAUUGAAGAAAAAAAUAAAAAAAUAGAACAGAAUCAAGAAAUGAUCGAUCAAUUAAAUGAAGGUAUAAAAUGUUUGAGUGCAUUGAAGAAUGAAGAACAUGAUGAUAUUGUUAAUAAUCUUAAAAAUCAGUUAUCAAAAUUAAAAGAUGAGUACAAAGUCAUUUUUGACAAACAAGAACACGACAUAAAAGUAUCCAAAGAGAAUCAUAUUCAAAUAGAAAAUAAAACCAAACAAGAAUUAAAUAAUUUGUUAGAAAUUAAAAACCAUGAAAUUGACCAACUAAAAAAAAAAUAUGCUGAUUUGAUGUGCUUAAAUUCUUCUGAAAAAGAUGAUAUUAAAAAAUUAAAACUUCAGUUAUGUGCUACUACUACCGAUUUAAAUGAGUUGAAAGCAAAGAAUUUAGUUUACAGCAAAAGUGAUUUAGAAGUAAUUCUUCAGCAACAAAUUCAGUUAAUUUCUAUGAAUUUUGAAGAUUUAAAGAAACAUUUUGAUAAAAUAGUAUCACUUAAAGAUAAACAAAUUAUAAACUGUAACACAAAUUUAAUGCAAAUAAAAGAACAAUUAAGUAAGUCAAAGUCUUACCUAGAAAUUACUUAUAAUGACAAAAUAAAAGAAAAGGACAAUGAAAUCAAAAUAUUGUCAGAAAAAUUAAAUGUAAUUAUUAAAGAUUUUGAAAAUCUUGAAAAAACUAAUAAUAAUUUAAACAUAGAAUUAAAAACAGCCUCAAAUUCCGUACAAGACAAAUCCAUCUUGAUAACAAAUUUACAGAAGAAAUUUGAUGAUUUAGAAUCAAAACAAGAUUUAAAUAGAAAUGAAUUAGAAAAAGAACUUUCAGUGAAACUAACAUUUGUAAAUGAUGAGUUAGCCAGUCUUAUAUCUGAAAAAACUGCUUUAGAAGAAAAGUAUGAAAAUUAUGUGAAGAUAACUGAAAAUACAGAAAAAAGUAUGGAGAGCAAGUUACAAGAAAAUAAUACUUGUAUAGCAAAUCUAAAUAAAUCAUUGCAAGAGUUAACUUUUUCAAAACAAAAUGAAUUAGAUUCUUUGAACAAGCAAAUGUUGCAGUUUAAAGAAGAACAAAAUGAAAUAUUAAAACAUCAAAGUGUAGAAUUAGCUACCAAAGAUGAACUCAUAAAUUCUUUAUCCAAUAAGUUAGAACAGACAUUAACUGAGAAACAAAAACAAGAUUUAAAAAAUGCUAAUUUACAAAAUGAAUUAAUAAAUGAAACUACUAAGUAUCAAAUUACAUUAAAAGAUUUACAAAUUAAAAUUAAUGAAUUAGAAGUUGAAAUAUUAUCAAAUCGCGAAUUGUUUAAAAAAGAACUAGAAUUAUCAAGUAGUGAAAAUGAAACAAUCAAAGACGAAAAUUUGAAACUUUUAGAAAAUUUGAGGUCUUUAGAAAAUGUUAAAUUAAAUCUUGAAGAGAAAUUAGUUUCUAAUGAAAUGCGCAAUCAGGAUCUUCAAAGUUUAAAUGAAAUUAUAGAAGACAAAAAUAAAAUUAUUCAUAAUAAUCAAAUAAGAAUUAAGCAGCUAGAUGAUUUAAUUGUGCAAACUAAACAUGAAUGUGAAGUUAUUCUAAAGAAAAAAGAAGAAGAAAUCGAGGAAUUCUCAAAAACUAAAGAAGAAAAAGUAAAUAUAGAAAUGUUUUCAUUAGAAGAGAAAACUAAAAUUCUAUUAAAUGAAAAAGAUAACGAAAAUUCAAAACUUCAAAACAGAAUUAAAGACUUAGAAAAUAUAAAAAUAAGUUUUGAACAACAAUUGAAGAAAAGUGAAUCGAGAGAAAAUGAUUUGAAACAAUUAAAUGAAACAAUACCAGAAAUGACCAAAACCAUAGAAGAUAAUAAUUUGAAGAUUUCUGAGCUAAAUAAUUUAGUUUUGCAUACCAAAAGUGAACUAGAAUCUAAGUUACAGGAAAAGGAAGACAUAAUUAAAAAGUUAUCAAAAAUUGGAGAUGAAAAAUUAAAUAUUGAAAAACAACAGAUGGCAUUGUUGGAUGAAAAAGAAAAAGAAAACUCUGGUCUAAUAGAAAAAAUAAAUAUUUUAGAAAAUACAAAAAUGAGUCUUGAGCAAAAAUUAGAACUAAGUAAAACCCAAGAUAUAAUGAUAAUGGAAUUACAAAAUUCAAUUGCUGAUAACACAAAAAUCAUUGACAAUCAAAAUUCAAAGAUUGAACAGUUGAAUAGUAUGAUUAUAUUGCGUUCAGAAGAAUUCAAUUUAAUGUUAAAAAAAGAAGAAGAAAAAAUGAACGAGUUAAUGAAAACCAAGGAUGAUAAAUUUAUAAAUGAGAAACUCUUAUUGGAAAAAAAAAAUAAACUCAUAUUGGAUGAAAAGGAUAAAGACAUUUCAAAUCUUAAAGAAAAAAUAAAUAUUUUGGAAAAUAUAAAAAUACAGUUCGAGCAACAAUCAGAAAUCAGCAAAAAACAAGAAAGUGAAAUUGUAGCAUUGAAAAAAUCUAUCGAGGAAAAAUCUCAAGGCAUAGAAGAGAAUAAUUUAAGUAUUGAACUGUUAAAUAAUCUAAUUACACAGACAAAAAAAGAUUUUGAUGUAAAACUCAAAGAGAAAGAAAAUGAAAUAGAAAAUUUAGUAAAAACCCAAGAACAAAAAUUGACUGCAGAAAACAUGACCUAUAUAUCCAACAUAAACGAAAAAGAAUCAGAAAUUGAAAUAUUAAAACAAAGAUUAAAAGAAUAUUCAGAAAAUAAUAUCGAAAAAGAAUUGAGAAUAAAAAUAGAAUCUUUUGUUAAUGAUUUGGAAAAAGAAAAAAUCCGUGUAUCCAAUUUAGAAUUUUUAAAGAAUGAAUUGGAAAAAACAGUGUUACAAAAUAAAACUGACUUACAAUUGUUAGAAACAUCAAAAUUAAAUAUGAAAAAUGAUUUGACUAAAACUAUUGAAGAUCAAACAUGUCUUAUUAAUAAAAUUAAUAUUGAAUGUGAACAAUUAAAUAAUGAUAAAUCUCAAAUCCAAAAAGGAAUUGAUGAAUUGACGACUAAAUUGAAUGAGCUACAAUUCACACUGCAUGAAAAAAAUUGUGAAAUAGAAAAUCUUAAAACUCAGGUAUCUCAAAAGUUGAAUACUGUUGUUUCGAACAGUGACGAAUUGAACCAACUAAAAACUCUACGGUAAGUAAAAAUAUUUGCUUCCCUUACUUACAUAUUUUAUGCAUUAUCUUAAAAAUAUACAUACAGAAGAUAAUGUAAUUAUUAAUUAUAACGUUUUUUUUAGAAUUUUUUAAGGGUGUGUUAGUCAGACAUACAAACUAGUAUUAACAAUAAUACCAUUUUAAUAAUACAUUUUUUUGUAUUUAUAAAAUCAUAAAUGUUUGUAUAAAAAUGUAUGUAUUUAUAAUAAUAACAUACUAGAACACAAUAACCACCUAAUUUAAAUAAAUUAAUAUACCAUAACUUCAUUCCUGUUUCAAUAUCAUCUAAAUAAAAUUUACUUAAAUUGUACUUUUUGAUCAUAAUUUUUAUUAGAAAUUAGACAAAUCUGCUCCCAUUUACCCUCUUCAAACAUUCUAUUGCAUUAAAAGCAUUUAUUUAUUGUGAUUUUGUAAUUAGUUUAUUUUAAAUAGUUUUAACUUCAUAUAUGUGUUUUAGUGAAAAAGAUCUUAGUUCCCAAUCACAUUUGGAAUUCCGUAUUCAAGAGCUGACAGAUGAAAACCAUCGUUUGAAUGAACAUAUUGAAAUGAACAAUACUCUACUUCAGAAAAAAGAAAAUAUAAUGUGAGUUAAUUUAACUCAAUAUAUAAACAGGAUGUUCUGCAGUGUUAUCCUUAUAAUAAUAAUUCUAUCAAUAUUCAUUUUUUUUUUUUCAAUCACAUUUUGUGUGAGAGGGACACAUGUAGAGAAAAAUUAUAUUUUUAUUUUCAUCCCUUAAUUAUGGGGAAAAAAAAAAAAAAAAACUUUAUUUCAUAAUUUUACAAAAUUUUCAAAAUAGCCAUUUUAUUAAACAUGUUAUUCUAUACAAUUUAAUGUAACAUAUGGUACAUUCAUAUCCGAUCAAUAGUUUCUUAGUAAUAUCCGUUUUAAUUCUAGAAAAUUGGCGUGAAAAAAAUUAAUUUUCAAUAGAAUAACAUGUUACGCAAUAAGAAAUCGCAAUCAGCACGGUAAUUCUCUUCUAUUAAAUAUUAAUUAUUUUCACAUCUAUUUUCUAUACAUUAAAGACAGUGUAACUAAGAAGCAAUUACUGAGAUAUAAAUGUAUGAUACAUUCAAAUUUCUAGAAUAAUAUAUUUUACAAAAUAUCUAUUUUGAAAAUCUUACAAAUUGGAAAAUAAAAAGGUUUUUUUUUCAGUAAAUAAGAGAUAAAAAUAAAAAUUUAAUUUUUUUCUAAAUAUAUACCCCUCACACAAAACCUGAUUGAAAAAAAAAAAUUAAUAUAUACAGAGUUGAUUGAUAAAAUUUGUAUUUGAUAUAUUUUUGACAGAAAAGAAAAUGAUAAUAUCAAACAAAAAUACGAAGAAACCUAUAGUUUACUAAAAAUUAAAGAAAAUCAAGUCUUAGUAUUACAAACUGAGGUUUGUACUUAACAUUUUUUUUAUCAUUAUGUUCAUAUGUAAUGCAAAUAUUGUUAACAUUUAUAUUUAUAGUUUAAACCUACACUAGAUUUACUAGAUUUCAAUAUUAUGUUAGUAUAUUUUUAUAUUUGCAUAAUAUAAACAAUUAAAUAUGUAAAUAUAUUAUAUGAAAACAUUUUAAUAUGGAAUGUUAUAGCUUGUCAAAUUUGACUGUCUCAAAUUAUAUAAAUCAUUCUGACUAGCAGAAAUAUUUUGAGAUUUAUUUAAUGCAAAUAAUAUUAAUUUCUACUAUUUACAUAAUUUUUAAUUAAUCAUUAACUAUUAGUUAUCUAACUCAUAGAAACUUUAUUUGUUUAAUUGAAUUUAUUUAAAAAAAAAAAAUUAAAUAAUUUAGUAUCUAUAAACAUUUUCAGGUGCUUUUUUUAAUUUUUAGUUAACCUAUCAUACAUUUUAAGCUAAUUUAAGAUUAAAUAUAAGGUCUAAAACUCUAAAUCGGUGGUUCUCAAACUGUGGCACGUGUACCACUGAUACUAUAUGGUAAGCAAUAUGGUGGUACUUAGAAGACUGAGUGGUAGUAGUUUGGAAAAUUGAUUAAUAUAUAUCUGUACAAAUGUUUUUAAUGGAUCUAAUUAAUGGAUUUAAUUUUUAUAAUGUUGAUUAUAUUGUACCUAGUAUUUUACUGUCUUAUGCUCUUAUAAUUUUUAAAUAAAUGGUAUAGACAUUAUAAAUUGUUCAACUUUUAGUCAUAAGUGGUACGUAACAGAUCCAUAAUACAUAUGAGUGGUACGCAAAAAAAAAAGUUUGAGAACCUCUGCUCCAAACCUUAUUUAAAAUAAUAAUUUACAGAAUUAAUAAUAUAUUUAUUUAGUUGAAUUCUUGGAAGUUAAAGGAUAUGGGGAAAUCAAAGAAUAAUAGUACUCUAGACAAAACGGAAAAAUCUGGUAAUAUAUUGUAUCAAUUUGCCCAGAAUUAUAAAUUGUUAUUUAUUUUAUAUUUUUAUUUAGAAGCCUUAUUAUUAGCAGAAAAAAAUGAAGAAAUUAAGAUGCUUAAUUCUAUUAUAUUAAGCUUACAUAAGAAAUUGUCUGCUGUGAUGGAAACUGAUGUCUCUGAAUUUGAAGUGUAAGUAUAUUUGACUGUUUUUGACUAGUUAGUUUUGUGUUAUAUUUUUUAAAAUUUAAUUGUGUUAAGUAUUGUAUUAUUUUUUUUUGUAUCAUUUUUGUAUUAUAUUUUAAAUGUUCAAUAAUAACCUUUUAUUUUAUUAAUAGCUUGCACUCUUUAGGAUGUAGAACUGGGCAAUUCAGAAUGAUUUGUGUAAACUAUUAAAUAUUUUCUGUAAUUGAUCAACUAAGUAAUAUUGAUUAUUAAAACUAAUAGUUUUUAUCAGAAUAAUAAAUUAAUAAUUUCAAAUUGUUGAACUAUAAUGUAAUUUAUGCAUAAGAUAAAUUUCUAGUCCCAUUUGAAGAAAUUAUUACUUAAAAGAGCAUCAAAAAAAUUAAAUUUGGCUCAAAUUAUAAUACAUACUAUAGUCUGGUGAAAAAAAAAUGAUAUUUAUAAUAACUUUAAUAACAUGGUAAAACUAUACUAUUAUUAUUAGAGUAUGAUUAUUAUUAUUAUUUCAACAUUAAGUGCAUCUUUUUAAGUGAUCUAAGACAAUGUUUUCCAAGUACAUAAUUAUUUUCAUCUUACCUUCAAAAUUAAAAUUUUUGUUUUCAUUUUUUUACAUUUAAAAUUUUUAAGAAUUUUUUUGAUAAUUUUGUAAGUUUUAAUACUUAUUUGUAAAUUAAAAAUUUAAUAAUUUAAAUUUAGCUCAUUCAAAAUAACAUCUAAAAAAAGUCGGUUUCCUUGGUAUUUAUUUUAAUUAGAACCUUUUAAAGUUCAAUAGUUUAAUGUAGAAUUUAACAUAAUUUUAAAUUUAUAUUUAGUUAUAGUUAGAUUUACCAAUAGAAAGAUGUGUAUCAGUCUAUUAUUGUCAAAUUAAGUCAAAUUUUUUAAUUUUCAGUUGUUUUUUUUUUUGUUAUAAAACUAAAAUUAUAUAUUACUUAAUAAAACAAUAAGUUUAUUAAAAAAACAAAAUGUGUAAAUUGCAUUUUCGCAGUAAAAUUCAUUUUUUAAGGUUAAUUUUGACUAUUAUUUUAGAGCAUUUUUUGGUGUUUUUAAUUGUAUUUAAAUCCGAGUUUUAAUUAAUAUUAUGAAAAAUAAACGUUUACAAAAGAGAGAUAAAAUUAAAAUUUUACCACAGAGCCUAAAAUAAAUUUAAAAAAAAUAGAUUUACAUUAUUUAUUAAUUAUUAAAACAAUAUAAUCCUUCAUUGACACAUUUUAUAUUUUUAGUGAAAAAAAUCCCAAUAGUGUUUCAAAAGAAGAUUACCAAAAAUUGUACAAAACAGCAAAAAAUAAUGUCAAACUAAAGGAAUGUGAAAAUUUAUCGUUAAGACAAGAGGUUAGUUGAAAUAAAGUUACCUACUAAAUUACUUACCUGCCUGACUUCAAUAAAUAAUUUGUGAUGGUUUUUUUUAGAUAUGUAAAUUAAAAACAGAAAAUGAAAGUUUUUCUGAAUUUAAAACUAAAUGUGAACUUUUAGAAAAAGAUAAAAAAGCGCUACAAACAUUGAUAAUUAACUAUGAGUCUUCUCAUUCAACAAAUGACAAAAACGAAAAAAGCGAUAUUAAAUCCGGUUAGUUCAUGUCAUUAUUUAUUAGUUAUUACUUUUAUUGGUUAUAUUAUGACUAAAGAAUGAAUAAUAAUGUUUUCACGUCAUAUAUUAACUAAUAAAAAAUUUAAUGCUGCUGGAUAAUAGUAAAAAAUGUGGAAAUUUUUAAUUUAUAGACUAAAUAUUUAUUUAGGAUAAAAAUUAAAAAAUAUUUUUUAAAAAUUAUAGAAUAUUUAGUCUCAUAUUUAUAAUUUAAUUUAUGUUGUAAUAUUAAAUAAUAAAUAUCAAUUUACUAAUUUUUUAUUUUGUUUACUAAAUUUCUUAAAAGAUAUUGUACAAUAUGAAAAAAUAUCAAUUGUAUUAAUAUAUUAUCCUUCAGGGAAACAAUAUAUAUUUAUCUUAAUUUAUAAUAAUUAUUAAACAAAUUUAGUACUAUUCUAAUAUAUCUACCCAAUAAUAAAAAUAAUUGUUUUUGUUAUUUAUGAAGUAGUUUAGAGUAAUUUGUUUUUAGCAUAUAUUUAGACCAAUAAACUGGAAUAAAAUAAACAUACUUUCUGUAGUCCAAUUCUGUUUUGAAAAAUGAUUUGAGUUCACACACAUCUUUUUUAUAUUUUGUUGGAAAAAUAUUUAUGUUUUAGAUUUGGAACGUAGCAAAGGAUCUAUUAAAUUUACUUUGAUGUGUAUUUUUUUUCUAUCUGUCAACAACUUUUCUUUUUGAAGUCUUGUUCUGAUGUGAUGUAUAUUGUUUAGUACCUUUUCUCUAAGGAAAUUUUGUCUAGUUGGUGAAUCAGAGAAGUCAUGUUUUGACUUUCAAGAGCUUUUAAAAAGAAUUGGAAAAAGCCAGAAAAAAAUUAUAGGUCAAACGCCAAAUAUUUACGGUGUGUCAUUGCCUUACCGAUUUCAUUGUUCUUAAUUUUUACAAACUAUGUUUUCUAUUAGAAAUAUUAUGCCGAUCGAAAAAUGACAAGAGAUCAAUUUUAUUCCUUUUAUUAGAUUUAACCACACUUAAAUUUACUGAGUAAUUUUUUGUAUCAGUUUAAUUCAUUUUGUAUAUUCACAAUGUAUUUGUGUAAUACACAGUAACCUAAUAUUAUUAUCGUUUAAUAAUCUCCAAUUAUUAUUAAUCCAUGAUAGAAAUUUUCAAAGCAGUUUUAAAAUUCGUCAACAAUAUUUUGCGAUACUUUAGUAAUGAAUAGAACUAGAAAACAAAUUGGGGGGAGGUUAACCUCCAGGACACCUCCCCCCCAAAUACGCCACUGUUUAUAGUAGACAAGUUUUUUUUCCAGAUUAUUGGUCUAAAAUGUUAUAAUAUUUGUCCGUAAAACCGCUUUACCCUUUCCCCUUAAAUGAGUAUCCAACAGUAUAUUAAUAAAAAGUCUUUUCAUUAAGGUGGUAGUUGAAAGAAAAUAAUUUAUCCACCUUAGUAAUUUCUUUAUGGUCAAUUUUGGAGGGAAAAACUAAUUUAAUAAUUACCUACAUAAAUUUCUUAUUUUAAACAAAUGUCUUACAAAUUGGGUCAAAACAAAUUUAAAAUACAUUAUAAUAUUCAUCCUUAAAAUCUAUGUUUAGAAACUGCAAAAAUACUGGAGGAAAAAGAUUGGCAGAUAAAUUUGUUGAACAAGAUAAUUGCUGAUCUUCAUACUAAGGUUUCAAAUAAUAAGUUUAAAAUUGAAGCACUAGAAAAACAAAUAUUAGAUUCUGGAGUGUAAGUAUUUAUAGUAUUAACAUUUGAUAUUAGUUGUCACAAGGGAGCUAUACUGUUAAUGCUGUAAAAAAUCUAAAAAUUUUAGUCACUGAUUUUUUUAAAUGUUUUAUUACAAAUGUUAAGAACAUAAUUUUUUCUAAUCAUGGAUUCAUCUGGACUAUUAUGUUUAUGUAUUAGCUUGAUAAUCUCGAAAUGCUUUAUUGUUAUUUUUUUUUAAUGGGAUAGUUGUGCAUAAAAUUGCAAAACACUUUUUAAUGGAUAGGUAAUUUGUUGGUAAUAUUUAAAACAAGUUCCUGUUUGUUGUUUAAUGAAGAUUUAUCUUUAGAAUUUGACAGAAUCAAAACUACAUGUCAAUACCAAAUAAGGUACUCACAGCAGUCAACUUGUUAAACGCAAAUGAAGCACAUUGUUCGCAUUAAGGUUAAAUACUAAUUGUUAUUGUUUUUUUCUUCGUAAAAAUAAAAACAUUUUUAAUGAAAAUUAUAUAAUAUUUAUUUCAUAAAAAUAAAUAUGUUUGAAUACUUACAAUAAAAUUAAUUUAUAAUAUAUUUAUUCAUGGGAGGUGUGAAUAUUAUUUUUACUUUUAGGGAAUGCGAGAACCAAACAAGUUUGGGAACCACUGGUAUAUGGAAUUAUAGUUAAUUGUUUAAAAUGUUAAAAAUGUAUUUUGAGUCGGGAACUUGGCAUGUUUGGCUAGUGGGCUUUUCUAGUUUGUUUCACUAAUAAAAUAUAAAAUGAUUACCAUAUUAUGGUGAUCGUCACUGGGUAUAAGAGGUAGAAAAGUUUAAAAUAUUUUGUGAUUUUUUUUUUAUUUAAAUAUGUCAUAUUGUCAAUAUUUUAAAGCAUUGAAGGUAUUGAAGUUUUAUAGAAAUAAAAAUUAUAUUUAAAUUAUCUAAUAUAAAAUAAAUUAUUUUCAGGGACCAAAACAAAAAAAUUCGUUUAAGAACUACUCGUCUUUAUUGUGAACGAUGUGAAAUAUUUGAUUCUCACGAUACUGAAGAUUGCCCCGAAAAACCAGAAUCCCCAAAAUUUCGAAGUACACCCAGAGUGUUAAAUGAUUAUGUAAAUAGAAAUGUUGAAGAACCGUUUUGUACGUGUUGUGAGAGUAAGUUAUAACCAAAAUAUUAAAAUAUCAUUUUUGUGUUUCAAAAAUAUUUGACUGUAAUUUAAAAUGUUGAAUUUAUUUUGUUUAGUGUAUGGACAUACAGCUAUUGAUUGUAAUAAUCUACUAACAUUUUAA